AUGAACUAUAAUGCAUAAUUUAUAUUGUUUCCAACUUUAAAGUAAUAUAGUCAGACUAAUGAAACAAUUACUAUUGAUGGAACAACAUACAAAAAAUUUAAAUCUCCAAUAAAUUAAGGAGAAGAAGGUAUUGUAUAUAAGGGGUAAAAUGUAUAAACCAACGAGAUUGUGGCUAUUAAAGAAUGUAAAACAAUACAGUUAAAAUCAAUUCAAGCAAUUUAAAAAAAUAACUAACCUCAUAUUAUUAGAAUAAUAGGAGUAGUUAAAUAAUAAAAUGGUUAACUAAUUGCUGUUUUUGAAUUUGCUCAUGGAGAGUUCUAACAAUUUAUGAUUACCAAAAAUGAAAAAAAUUUGAGUGAUGAAGAAAAAAAUGACUGUUUUUUUUAAGUAUUUAAAUAGGAUAAUAUUUCAGAUGAUGGGUGGUGUUGAUCAACUCCAUUAGUUAGGGUUCUUUCAUAGAGAUGUGAAACCUGAAAAUUUUGUAUACAUUAAAGGUCCAAAUAAUAAAAUGACUAUUAAACUGAUAGACUUUGGAUUAGUUUAAGAUAAUAAAGAAAAUAUUACUUAUACUAAUGUGAUUGGAACACCAUACUAUCUGGCUCCAGAGGUGUUUGAAGACGGGAAUAGUUCCUCUAAUAACCAAACGCGCGUAGAAAAAAUACUUCUUAUGAUAGAUAAAUGAAAUGAUUUAUGGUCUUUGAGAGCUAUUUGGUAUGAGUUACUUACUGGAGAUACAAUCUUUUAAGGUAAUUAAGUUUAAAAACUAAGGUAUUUCUAUGUAGGAUGUUUUCGACAAAAUUCAAACCAUUGAAUAAGAAGAUAUUAACAGAUAAAUCGAGGACAACAAUAAAAAUAAAGCAAAAGAAAAGCAUUUAAUGAAAUAUAUGCUUUCGUUAAUUCCAUCAUAAAGAAUAUCAUUAUAAGAAAUAUUCAAUUUUUAUGAACCUUAAUAAAUUAUGGAAUAAAAGGAGUAGGAAUAGAUAUAUGUUGAGAUGAAACAAUAUAAAGAUGAGGAGUUAAAAUAAAAAUUGAAUGAAUUUCAAUUUAAGAAGUAGGAGAAAAUGGCAUAAAUGAAGAGAGAUGUAGAAAGGAUCAUGGAGGAAGAUAAUUUAGAAGAGUUAAAAUUCUUAUUAGAUAAACUAAUUUAAGAAAAAACAAAUGAAACUUAAAGAAAAAAUUAACAAACCAAGAAUAAUUAAAUUGCUUAAUUGAAUGAUUAAAAAAGAAAAGAUAUAUAAGAAUUAACAGCUAAAAAAUAAUUUUUGCUUGAUUAAUUAAAAUAUAUCAAAUGUACUAAUAAACUUAUAUUUGAAAAAUUUUCCGAAAAAUAACAAAUACUUAAUGAAAUAAAUUCAUAAGAUAGAAAAAAAUAAGAAUUGUUAAAUUACAUUAAUGAUUAGAUACAGAAAUAUAAAGGAAUAAUCUUAAAAACUAAAUAAAGAAAAAAUUUUAUAUAAUAGGCACAGACAAAAGAGGAACUUAAGGAAUAUAAUGAACUAACUCAAGAAUAUGAAUAAUAUUAAAAAAAUUAAAUGAUUAUAUUUGAAAAAAUUGUAUAAGAAUAAGAGUUACUCGAAGACUAAGUAAGAGAUAAAGAAAAGACUGAUGACUACAGAAAAUAAUAAGAGCUCUUAACUAAAAUGGAAUUAGAGUAGAAAUUGGAAAAAGAAAAAUAAUAAUAUCAAUCUUUAUUAAAAAUAGUUAAAUAAUAAUUAAAUGAAUAAUCUUCUUAGAUUUAUUAAAUGUAACACCGAAUUCCCUUUUAUCAAAGAACAUAAAUUUAAAUUGAAAUUGAAGAGAAGAUUCAAGAUACGAUUAAAUAUUAUUACAAAAUACCAUAAGAUAUCUAAACUGUAGAAUUUUAAGAAAAAAUAAUUUAGUAAUAUGAAUCUAUACAGCAAUCAAUUGCUACUUAUUAAUUAUGCAAUAGCAAGCUUGAAGAAAUUAUCUAGGCUUAAGAUAGACUCAAAACUUAGAUUGAAGAGCCAUAUAAAUGCUUGUAAUAAAUUGAUAAAGAAUUUUUGGAUAAACAUUAGUUAGAAUUUGAGGAGUUAAACAAAAAAUUAAUUGAUUAUUAGGAAAAAUAUCAUCCUCUCCAAAAAUUAAAAAUAUGCAAAUUAAAUAACUUAAAUAAUUACUCAGAUAGGAUAAGCCUUUGAUUGCUUAAAUAAUCUAAAAUAAUUGAUUUCUUAAAGAACAUUGCUAUCUUAUAUACAAUACACUCAGUUGUAUUCAUAGUUUUAAAAAUCAUUAAAAAGUUUUGAAAAACAUCACAGUUUAUUGCAUUAGCAAAUUUACAAUGAUUAACAAAUUGAGUUAAAAAAUCAAGAAAGAAUUAAAGCAUUAAAGAUUACCAAAUAUUAAUUGGACUAAUUCAAUUAAAAAAUGAAUCAAUUAAAAGACUAAUUGACAAAUCUAAUCAAAAUUGAAUAUUAAAAUAAUGAAAAAACUUAGAAUUUAAUAAAUACAAGAUUAACAAAAAUUGAUUAAAAUACAAUAUAAUAAUAUGAACUAUAUGUUAAAUUUACUUAAUUUAAUUAAUUAGAAUCCUGUGAUAUUGUUUAAAAUUAAAUAAAAUAAUUAGAAGAUUUUUAGGGAAAAUUAAAGGAAGUAGAAGCAAAUGAAUAAGAAUAUAUAAACUAAGUAGAGUUAAUAGUUAAAAAUAUAGGGGAAGAGAAAAAAAGGGAAUAAGAAAAAGAAAUUCUAUAAUUAAAUAAUCAAUUAUAAACUAGAUAUAUAGAAUAUACAAAACAUCUUUAAACUAUCAAAUUUUAAAUUCCAAGUGUUGAAUUUCAAUAAUAAAUGAAUCAAAACAAAGAAAAUCUAUAAAAAGAAUUGAAAUAUGAAAUAACCAUAUUGAAUGAGCUUUCAUAGCUUUAUUAUGAAAAUAUGUAAGUAUUAGAAAUAAUGGAUAAAGGGAUAUAAAAUAACGAAUUCAAGCUUAUUUCGAUAAUUUCUAAAACGUUUAUCAUUAAAAUAAAUAGUGGUUAGAGAAUAUAAUAAAAAAUGUAACUCAAAAAUCACAAGAACUAAAUUUUUGCUUUAUAAAUGAUAAUUUAAUUAAGAAUUAUGAAUAUUUAAAAAAUUAAGAAGUACAAUUUUUUUAAGUAUUAACUUCGAUAAACUAAAAGAUAACGAAUUAAUAAUUCAACCAGCAAUAAUUAAAUGAAUUUAAAGAAUAUAUUCUAAAGGUCUAUAAUGAAAUUGAUGAAUUAACAAAGAAAAUUCUAGUUGAGGAUGAGAUUAAAGUGUUCAAUAAAGCUUAUCAAUAAAAUUUAGAAUCAUAUGAGAAAUUGUAUGCUUUAAUUAAUUAUAUAAAAUAAUAUCACUUAACAAAAUAUUAUCAAAGAAUGAAAUAAAACGCAAAUAAUUUAAAGGCAAUUUAAUAGAAUAAAGAAGAAAGUGACUACUAAAAACUAUUCUAAUCUAAAUAAAUUGAAGAAAAUGAAGAAAACUCAAAAAAAGAGAAAGAAGCUUAAGAUAUAUUAUUAAGAUAUGAAAAUGUGUUAUUGAAAAAUUACAAUAAGAUCCCGAUUGAUGCAAUGUAAAAGGAUAAAGAAUAAAUAGAAAAGCAAAUUGUAGAAAUAGAAAAUUAAAUUAAAUAUAAAAAUUUAGUGGAAUUAAGAUCUAGGAUUAGUGAUUAAACCAUAGUAAGAGACAUCAUUAAUGCAAAUUAUUUAGAUAAAAUAUUUGUUCUAACAACAUUAAGAAAAUACAAUUUUGAGCAUAAAAUAUGA